AAUUAUUAGCUAGUUUUCCUUCCUAUAAAUAUAUAAAAAUUAAACCUUGGAUAAUCUUAAACCACUAUCAAAAUCUCUAUAAGCUAGGUCCAUACCAAAAACACAAACAUGAAGUUCCAAAAGUUUGCAAUAUUUUCCAUUUUAGCCUUAUUUUUGUUGCCAAUUCUUAUCACUCCAAAUGAAGCAACAACUAUAGUUCCAAACCAAAAUUCCAUUCAAAAUAGAUUAAUAAAAUGUCUUACAAACCAUUCAAAUGAUUCUUAUCCAAUAUCACCCCUCAUUUAUGCACCGGAAAACACCGCCUUCUCAACCGUGUUACAAUCCUACAUAAGAAAUCUCCGGUUCAACACCACCACAACUAGUAAACCCUUACUUAUUAUAACGGCUACUCAUGUCUCCCACAUCCAAGGAGCAAUCUUGUGUGCCAAGGAACAUGGUAUUGAGAUGAAAGUCCGAAGUGGUGGUCAUGACUAUGAGGGUCUCUCUUAUAUCUCUAUAGUCCCGUUUUUCGUGGUUGAUAUGUUCAAUUUCCGGUCAGUCGACGUCAAUAUCGAGGAGGAGACGGCUUGGGUGGACGCCGGUGCAAUCCUUGGUGAAGUAUUCUAUGGAAUUGCUAACAAGAGUAGUACUCAUGCUUAUCCUGCCGGAGUUUGUCCGACAGUCGGCGCCGGCGGCCAUAUCACCGGAGGUGGUUAUGGUAAUUUGAUGAGAAAAUAUGGACUUACAAGUGAUAAUCUUGUGGAUGCUAAAGUUGUGGAUGUACAAGGUAGGGUGCUUGAUCGUGCAAGUAUGGGAGAGGAUCUCUUUUGGGCUAUUCGAGGUGGGGGUGCCUCGAGUUAUUGUGUCAUUCUUUCUUAUAAAAUAAAAUUGGUUAAGGUUCCUGAAAAGGUAACCGUUUUUAGGGUUUUAAGAACGUUGGACCAGAACCUAACUGACGUUGUUGAACAAUAUCAACGUGUUGCUCCGAAUUUGGAUCACAACGCGUUCAUUAGGCUAACCCUAGGUGUUACAAACUCGACAAAAACCGGCCUCUUGACAAACCAAGCAACGUUUAGAUGCUUAUUUUUAGGUGACACACAAACCCUUGUUUCCUUAGUGCAUGAGAAUUUUCCCUUGUUAGGUCUACAAAAGUCAGAUUGUCAUGAGAUGAGUUGGUUAGAAUCCGUACUUUUCUAUUCUGACUUUGCUAAUGGAACUCCACUUGAGACUUUAUUAAAUAGGCAACCUUCAAGUUUGACUUCCCUUAAAAGAAAGUCGGACUAUUUGAAGAACCCGAUUCCAAGAAACGGGUUAGAAGUGCUAUGGAAAAUAAUGGUUGAAUUACGAACUCCUCAACUUACGUUCAACCCGUACGGAGGCCGAAUGGCCGAAAUACGGGCCGACACGACACCGUUUCCACACCGGGCCGGAAACAUGUUCAAGCUCCAAUAUGCGACUAAUUGGAACGAAGGAGAGAAUGAAAGAUCGAACUAUUAUAUAGAUUUGACAAGAAAGUUGCAUGCAUAUAUGACUCCUUUUGUUUCAAAGAACCCUAGGGAAGCAUUCCUUAAUUAUAGGGAUAUUGACUUGGGAAUUAAUCAUCAAGGUCCUAAAAGCUACGUUGAAGGUAAAAGAUAUGGGAUGAUGUAUUUUAAGGAUAACUUUGAUAGGUUGGUGAAAGUUAAGACUAUGGUUGAUCCAAAUAACUUCUUCAGGAAUGAGCAAAGUAUUCCGAUUCUUCCACAUUAAUUAAACACUUAAAUUAUGAAUAGAUUUGUAUUUUAAAGUUUAUGAAGCAUUUGCUUAUAUUGAUUUGUUUGUAACAUAGGGUUGAUUAUGUUUUAAUCUUGCAUGUAAUAUGUCAUGUUAAAUAUUUAGUUGUAUGUUGAUUGUUUACUUGUUGUCUUAGCUUGUUGCCGUGUUAAUUAAAUUGUAUAAUACUUUGUACGUAUAUAAUGAAAGCGACUAUUGUUACU